GGCUCAGAAUUUGAUUGCUGCAAGUCCUUAGUCCCAAUGGAUGACGAGAAUGACAGGGCACCAGUUGGUCCCCUGGGCUUGCGCCCUGGAGAUCCAGUUAGGCUCAAAAGGCUGCAAGCGAACAAGAGCAUGAACGGUUUGGUGGGCUACUUCAUGAAGCUUGAAACUGCAGAGGAUGGCGGGCGUUACGUCGUGGAGCUGGGCAAGCGUGGGCCUGUGCGAGUCCGCGAGAUCAAUGUGGAGAAGGUGGGGCCCACCCGGAGGAGUGAGCGCCUGGCUGCCCGAGAGGAGGCGGCUGAUCAAGAUCCUGAUCCAAAUGAUCUGGAUGCAGAUCCCGAAGCGGCACCAUCCAAGAACAAGAAGCGGCCUGCGCCUGCUGCCAAGGCAGCUUCCAGAGCAGCUAAAGCGCGGCCAAAGGCCAAGACGACCGUCAAGAAACCUAGUCAUGGAAGUAUCUUCCCGUACCAUUGUUCCGCUUGCCGUGGCCUGACCUUGAUAUUCCCAGGCAGCUUUGCGAAGAAAACAGCCGCGCCCAAGCCUGGUUCGCUUUCAAGGGCUCCUGCUUCGUUUAAUGUACUCGACUACCGAAUUUGCUCUGAGCCAUCCUUGGAGGUGCAAGAUGCAAGCCAGAUGAAAUGGCGCCCUUGCCACCUUUACCAAAGCCUUCGGGACGGCCGCAUCGUGAUCUGGUACGGCGGCUCCGAGGGGACUUGGUGGCUGCGGAAUUCGCUACGAAUAGCUUUGCGGCCUGACUAUUUUUACUGGCCGUGCUGGUGAACUUCUGGAUGGUGAUGGUGAGAAGAUUCCUGCUCGACCACGGCCAGGCCAUUGAGAAUGUGGAAGAUGUUCUCAUUCAGGUGCUGCGUUCUGACGUUCCGGAGCGAUGUGUAGAGUAGCGCACUCACGUGCAUGCUUGAGGACAGUCAUUCAUGUUGCCA